AUGCCAUUCUCGACCCAUUCUUCUAUUCAACCAACAGCGAUAGACACUCCAGAAAAGCCACGCGCGCUUCCCACUACAGGCUUUGAAACGAUCGACAUUGACCAGCCAGUCGAAGAGGAAGAAUUGCCUGGUUAUAAAGCCGACCGAUUCUAUCCAGUAACGCUCGGGGAGGUUUUCCAAAGUCGUUAUCAAAUAAUCACCAAGCUUGGCUUUGGUACCUCGUCGACUAAUUGGCUGGCUAGAGAUCUGAUAUCUCAUCAGUAUGUUGCGCUGAAGUUGUAUGUUCAUACCUCGUUAGUCCAUCGUGAACUUGUCGUUUAUGAUCACAUCACCCGUCGUAUGGCGGAAACCUCACACCGAGGACGAGGUAACAUCCGGUGGCUGUUCGAUUCUUUCGAAGUAAGUGGUCCGCAAGGACUGCAUGUCGUCUCUGUCUUCGAAGCUGCGCAAAUGAGCCUACGUGAUAUGCGAUCGUUCUUCUUCCAACGGGAUGGAUUCUUCGAGGAAUUUGUUCAGGGUGCCAUUAUUGAGCUUCUUAAAGCUGUGGAUUUCCUUCACACCUAUGGAGAAGUUGUACACACGGAUAUCCAUCCUGGAAACAUGCUCCUUGGAGUUGACGAUAACGAAAUACUAAAGGCUUUUGAGGAAGGGGAGUUUUCGUCUCCAGUAUCUCGCAAGCAAAUUUCACAGACACGGUCUAUAUAUCGCUCACGCAUCAUCCGACCCAAAGUAGGGCCGAUGCUAUUGUCGGAUUUUGGUGAGGCUAGGAUAGGACCAGGACCCCAUGGGGGCGACAUCAUGCCGUUGCAAUAUCGGGCCCCCGAGACUCUUCGCCGUGUGGGGUGGAGCUACCCUGUCGAUAUUUGGAGCGUCGGCCUUACCGCUUGGGACCUUCUCGAGUCCAGGAGACUCUUCACAGCACGGGAUGAGGACGGGGAUCUUUACGAUGCUGCUCACUUGGCACAAAUCAUCGCAGCGUUAGGACCGCCGCCUCCUGAGUUUCUCGCCAAAAUCCCAGAGAGACGGGCCGAUUUUUGGGACGAGCAUGGAAACUGGCUGGGUCUUGCCCCGAUACCCCACCAUCGGACAAUGGAGGCUCUUGAGACUCGGUUGGAGGAUAAGACGGGCUUUUUACGGUUUGUCCGAAAGACAUUGACCUGGAUGCCUGAGGAGAGGGCGACUGCCAAGGAGCUUUUACAAGACCCUUGGUUAACAGGUAAAUCGGCAUCCGAUUAG